CCCGUUACCCCUCAACUUUCCCCCAUGUUCAGUUGAUUUCCCAAACAAAAACACUGAACAGCUGAAUAUUUAUUUGUGCAUUUCUAUUCCUGAAUAUUUUUCGAUAUUAUAAAUUGUUUGUUACAUAUUUUUGUGGUCUUGGAUCUCAGUCUUGUCGACCGGUGGUUGUUUAUCAUCAACAACCCGCGAGAGAUGUGACAAGAAUUGCUAAGAGUUAACGCGAGUCGUACGGGCUACAACGAUUCAUGUUCUGUUGUUCUAGACUGACGAGGCUGGGAGAGAGGAUGGUUAGUAUGAACUCGACAUUAGUAGAAACUGUUAGCAUCAACUAUGAAGACUUUAAUGAGAGUUUUUUGACGUGCGGGACUUGCUUAUGUAUGUACGAUGGCCAAGAACACACUCCAAAACUGCUUCAAUGCUCUCACACCGUUUGCUUGCACUGUUUAACUAGGAUAGCAGCCUCCCAGACGCGAGACACGGGCACAUUCCGAUGUCCAAUAUGUCGAGAAUUAAUUCAUAUCCCUCGUGGAGGAGUAUCAGCUCUUCCACCCUCGUUUUUAGUUAAUCAACUUUUGGAUCUAAUGUCGAGACAAAGAAGGGAGGUCAUACCAAAAUGUUCCGUACAUAUAAAUCAGGAAUUGUUAUUUUGUGAAACUUGUGAUACUGUGUUUUGUACACUCUGUACCGGAGGGUCCCAUAAUGAUGCUACCACCAGCUGCGAACAUACCAUCAUACCGUUUUCUAUAGCUAUCAAAAGAAUGUCUGAAAUUCUGUUGUAUAAAGCCAAUGAGUGUAUUUCUAAGUUGUCUCAAGCUCAAGAAGGUGUCAGUGCAGAAUUGAGAAGGCUCGAAACGGCCAAAGACACCUGUUUAGACAAAAUCAAUGAAACAUUCCAACAGAUACAGACACUAAUGGAUCAAAGGAAGCAAGAAGUCAUUGACAGUGUCACGGCUAUUUGUACUGAAAAGAAACGUGUCUUAGAAGAACAGCAUACUUUAAUAGAAAAUGAAAAAAAUAAGGUAGAGCAGGAAUGUCAAGGUCUCCAAUAUCAAGUAGAAGUAAGAAAUAUAACGCAACGAAUUGAAAUCCUAUCAGAAAAAUUAGAUUCUACUGUAGCUUUAAGUGAACCACGUGAAAACGCUUUUCUUACCUGCGAUUUCGAUCUUAACGACAGCUUCGAACAAAUUCAGCAACAUUUGAGCGUUCUGGGGAAAGUUCGAACUAGUACCACUUUCCCUAGACUUUGUACUGCUAAAUUGGAAGGAAAUACUAUAGCUGGUAUAGAAAAUUAUGUUACGCUCAUUACCGUAGAUUAUCACGGAAAUGAAAGGAAGAACGGAGGGGAUCCCGUUGAAGCUGAAUUACUCAUGGCGACUGCCGAAGAAAGUAUAAACCCAUCAUCUUCAGACGAAACUUAUCCUGUAAGAGUGGAAGAUUGUGAUGACGGUACUUACAAAUUGUACUUCAGGGCACCAAAGUCUGGUAGAUAUGGUAUCAAAAUAUCUGUGAUAAAUCGUCCUAUAAAGGAUAAUCCGCUUUAUUUCGAUGUAAGCGAUCACAACAAUCCUGUAUGUAUAUAUGGUUCAAGAGGUAGUGGUAAAGAUGAGUUUAUGCAACCUGUAGCAGUAGCAAUCGAUGAGAAAGAUCAAAUUGUUUAUGUCUUGGAUACUGGUAAUUCAAGGAUCAAAGUUUUGAAUGAUAAGCUGGAAUUUAUGAAGCAUGUCACUAAUGAAGGUUUAUUAGGAAGAAGUUGUACAGGCAUUGAUAUAUCUAAUGAUGGUCUGAUAGUAAUAAACUGGAGAACGAAAUUCAUAACUGAAAUGACAACAGACGGUGAAACUAUAAAAUCUUUUACUUACAAUGCUUUUCAAGAACCUAUAGAUAUAGCAGUGGAUAAAAACUAUGGUCAUAUUCUUAUAGCGGAUAAUGGAAUGAAUUGUGUUUACGUAUUCGAUGGGGAAGGCAAAAUAUUAUUUCAGGUUGGAAAGAAAGGCACAUUCAAUUUAAUCUCCUCAGUAGCAGUUGGUCCAUUGGGUGAAAUAGUUGUGGCUGAUUCGAGGGUACAAAUGUUUUCAGCUAAAGGAGAUUUCAUGGAAGUUAUUUAUGAUGAAGGGAAAGGUAAAGGUAGAUAUGGUGGUAUUUCCAUAGAUUGCGACAACAAGGUGCUUCUGACAAGAACGGAACAAAAAGGCCGCACUUAUGUUCAACUUCUCUCACUAACUGAAAACAAUAUAAAUCAUUUAAUCGAUUCUCAUGACGCCAAACUCAAAAGGCCUAGUGGAGUAGCAGUUACAAAUGAUCAUCAUGUCAUUGUUAUAGAUUUGGGCAAUAAUUGUGUGAAAAAGUAUAGGUAUUGGUAGUCGUUACAUCAACUACAUGUUUUUGACAGUUGUCGUUAGAAGUUUGGUUUUGAGAAUUUUUGAUAAUGCGAGGUAUUUAAUUAACAUCUGUCAACUGUUGGUUUUUGGAGGAUUGUCAGAAGUGAAAGAUUUGACUUGUGUUACUGUAAGGAUAAUUAUAUACUUAUAUUUGUACCUUUGCCUGCAUCUUGACAUACUACAUUAUGAUAUUAAUAUUGAUAAAUAAUUUACAGUGACAAAGAAUGUCACAAAUUUAAAAAUUUUUUUUUAUUUGAGGUUUCACAAAAAGUUUCUCUUAAAUAUGACCACGAUUACAAUCAAAGACUAUAAUCUUAGAAUCUAAAAAAAGAGCCUCGCGAAUGCAACUUCGCUCACAUUUAUAUUAGUCCACCUUACAUGUUUCAUAAUUUAUAAAAUAUGCUUCUAUUAUUUAGAAAACGUGAAAUUUCCAAGAUCUGUUAUGAACGAAUAACUGUGAAUAGAUGAUAAAUAUUAAAAUUGUUAGGUUUCUGUGUUAAUAAAUGAUCAUUUUCUCCACAUUUUUCAAUGGAAAAGGUAUUAAUAACUCUAGAUUGUAGUAUGUCGAAAGUUGCUCGCGCACAAUUUUAUCAUUCUAUUGGUACAUGUGUAUCAGGCUUAGUUUAUCUGUGAUUUAUUCGAAAUUAUCGUUCAGAUUGAUCUAAACGGACCAUAUUAACUAUACAGGAUAUCUAGAAACCUUUAUGUCAAACUAUAGAUACUAGAUGUGAUUCUUUGUUCAUCUAAACUAUUAAACCAUCUUUAAGUAAAAGCUCCUCUCAAAGGAGGUAGUGUCUUUCAAUGAUUACACAGACAAAUUACUUCACUUUAAACAUAAAUAAUACAGAUAAAUAUUUGGAUUUUUGUUAACAGCCCACAAAAGUCUCUGAAGAACUGUAUUUAAGGUAGUACUGCAGAAUUUGCAAUCAGAAUUUAAUGCAACUUGGAAUAUUAGUAUAUUAUUAUAAGAUAAUCAACCAGUUAAAUUUUCAGAGGUCUACAGGGAACUCAAAAAAGAUAUUAACAUUAAUUUUUUUUUCUUUUUCCAUUGAUGCUUAUGGGACGUCCAAGUUUAUUCUUUAUUUCAUUUGAAACUUCAAAGAUUAUAAUAAGAAUAAAAGGUGAAUAAUUGAGAAAAAUGUACCAUGUUACUUAUAUGUGGCAACGCUGCGGACAAGAUAAUGACGCUCGCGAAAUUUGAAAGUGAAAGAACGCGGUAUGUGGGGAUAUUAGUGUUAAACAUCUCUUUAGAUAGAUAACACUCUUAGUCAUAUAAGUAUCUUGUUGGCCAUAUUUUCUCUAAAUCUAAAAGAAACCUGAGUGCUUUGAGAAAGGUAGUGUUGAGUUUGUUUUUUUAAACCACUACCUAAAAAUUUCUUGUGUAAAUCUUGUAUAAACCUGUUAUGAUGAAUUUUUGAUUUCAAUCCAGAAUUUUUAAUUUAUUUAUAAUUAUGAAUGUUAGUGUCGGCAAUAAAAAACGCGGGUUUAUAAUCAACAAAUUAUUACUGCAGGUUUAUACAAAACUGUAUGAAAGUUUUGGUUAAUGCAGAAAUAAGUUUGGAUGGACAUAAAAUCAUAUCUAGUAUCUGCUAUUUGCGUUUGGCAGGAGAGAUUCUGUAUUUGCGCAAUUCAUAUAGAAAUAGCACUGCAAAUAUAUCUUUUGUGAACCUUCUCAAAGCUUAUGACGUUUUCUCAUACUAGAUAAUAAAGCAGUUUCACCAUAGGAUAAUAUCUUGAUUCUCAAAAUAUUUACAUUAAAUACAUAGCAAGUGGCAGAAUAGGAAAUAUUGUUUCAUUUUAGGAUUUUAGCUUCAAAGUUUUGAAAAUUACAAAUAUUUUAUAACUAAAUUUGACCAGUGAAUUUAAAAAAAUGAUAACGUUAUAUGUACACAAAAAUAGUCAAAUAUUAUUCGGAUUAAGGUUUUUUAUCAGAUCUCUCUUAACUACAUUUUCCAACAAAAUUGACGCACAAUUUUUUUUUUAUCUUAAAAUAUCUCGUAAUCAUUUUGAUCAAAAAUUGAAUUAAAAUUUCACCAAUAUCAAAAUGGAUUUGAUUUUUUUAUUUAAUCCCCAAUUGUAGGGCAUGGAGGGAUCUUAACUAAAACUAGGAUAAAACCUUUAAAAAUAAUAAAAAGGGGAAAGGGGUGAGUUUAUAAGGGCAAAAAACGGUUAGUUCCGAGUUCCGACAAAACUACAAGAUCUAUAAAGUAAAAAUGAAUAGCAAAAUUGUACAAAGGUAAUAAAAAGAUCUACAACAAUAACUUCAAAAUCUAUGUGAAAAAUUGAAAUAACCAUUUUUUUUAUUUUUAUUUUCAGCUUUUACAAAAAACAUUUUUUCCCACGAAACUUGAUGAAAACUUACCUUUUUAAGUCCCAAAUACACUACAAUUUAUUUGUUUUGAAAUAUUAAUUUUUUCACCUUAUUUUGAAUUAAUCUUGAAAAGGCAAUCUAAUUUUUAAUCGAAAAUUCUUCUGUCAAAAUAUUAGCUUUUUUUAAAAAGUUUUUUUUUCAUUGGAAUCUCUAUUUGCUGAUGGUAUAAAACAAUAUUGCCAUCACUAUGGUUUCUCAGAAAAGGCAAAGAAACGGAAAAAAUUUGGAUUCGAAAUUUUUUUUAAUAAUUAUGUACAAUUUUUACAUAUUUAUUAAAAUCUUCAACUCUAAUUACUUAUGUUUAUCAAUAUUACAUGAAAUCUUACAUCUUUCGUUUAAUUAGGAUGUAAAAUUUGAAUAAAUUAUAAAAUUGAAAAUUUUCAGAUGCGAUUUUUUUCGUUUUUUGCCUUUUCUGAGAAAAUUUACCAUGGUGUUGGUAAUAUUUUUUUACACCAUCAGAAAGUAGAGAUUACAACGAAUAAAAAACUCACCGACUUUUUAAAAAAAGCUGAUAUUUUGAGGGGAGAAUUUUAAUUGAAAAUUAGGGUGCUUUUUAGAUAUUAAGGCAAAACAAUGUUGAAAAAUAUAUAUUUCAAAUCAAAUAAAUUACAGUAGUAUUUGGGGACAUGAAAGGUUAGUUUUCACCACAUUUUCUAUGAAAAAAGUUUUUUGUAAAAGAUGAAAAUAAAUACUGAAAACUUUGUUUUUUAAAUUUUUCACAUAAAUUUUGAGGUUAUUUGAAAAAGGUAUUAAAACAAAAGUUAUAAAUCUUUUUAUUAGUUACAACUUUGGUAUUAAACUUUUUCUAUAGGAUUUAUAGUUUUGCCGGAAAUCGAGAUAAACCGGUUUUUACCCUCAAAAACUCACCCCCAUCCUCUUCCCGAUAUGAAUUCGCCUGUAAAUUAUUUUUCCUUUCAUUUUUAUAAUAUUCUUUUCAAAUGGCUUUACUACUACUACUUUACUAUUUUUUUUUGUUUCAAAACUUUUCAACCCUGGUCUUUAUAGUUUAAUAUAUUAAUUACCAGGCAUACUUAUAAUCUCAUCUCUCAUUCCAUUUUAAUCAAGAACAUUCCAUAUUUGAUCAAGUUUGAGAGACAGCUUAUGUAAAUUGUAAGCCAGAACUACUAAAGCUCAUACUAUUAAUUACAUCCCACAGAUGCACUAUUGGAUUGAAAACAGAACUGUUGGGAUUCCGAAGUUAAUUUUGGACAAAUUCUUGUGAUAUGCAUUCAAGCAUUAUCAUGCAUCAAGAUUAUUGUUUUUAUUUUUCGAAAAUGAGUGUGAAGGGCACGUCUUGUGGUUCUAAUAAAUCAACAAUGUGCCUGUGAACCUGAAAAUCUCUUUCAGUUAUGUCCUUCUGAUCUUCUAUUUCUUCCUGUCUUUUGAAACCUUCUUGAUUCUCUGCAUCGUACUAAAUAAAUCAAAUACACUUUUAAUAAGCCUUUUCCGUUUAACGCCAUCUGAGACAAAAUUAUUUUAAAAUAAACCAUUUCUUAUUUUAUAACUUUGUAUUUCAGGUAGAAAUUUUCGGCAGCAACAAAAGUAGGAAUUAUCAGCUGACAGAUGUUAGCCAUUAUUAUUAUGCUGAGAACAUUGUGUCACACUGGGUAUACAGAUAUAAUGGUUUGAACUUCGACUUUCAAAUAACGUUACGUUCAUAAAUACUAGUUUUAAUAAAAGAAAUUACUAGUGUAAAUAGAGCUUUCAAAUUCAAAUCAAAAUCGAAAUCAGGAGAUUUCUGUUGAAGGACCCAUGUUUCGGCCUUUACGAAGUACUUCCAAAUUUUUCAUAAUCACACUAGAAUUCACAAUAGACUGCAAGUUGCAAUUGAACUAAACAGUUAAGAAUACACCACUUGGAUCUCUUCAGUAAAUAAAAAAACCUACAAUCGUAUUUUAGGUGAGAUUUGUUGGGAAGAGUUUAAAUGAAACAAAAAUUUUUGCAUUUAUUGGCAAAUAGCUACGUGUUGAAAAAAAAUCUUAUGCUAUUUAAUUAUUAUUUAAUUAAUUAUAUUUAAUCUUCUUAUACAUAAGGCAACACUUAGCAAAAAAACUAACUAUGUGUUAAUUUUGUUGGAGAAUUUACUUCUCAAAAAUUAUUUGGAAUCUUUUUUGUCUAAUACAAAGUUGUAAUCAUAUCUAAAGUAGUUGAGAAAAAUUAUUUUGGCAGAAACUUCAUCUCUUUAUAUCUUUACUUAUUCCCAUUUAGCCAUUUUUCAUAUAGAAUUUCAGUGAAAAUGCGUUAACCACUGGGCUUUUAAUUGAAAAACUGACUAACAACUCGCAAUUUUUUUAUUCAAAUGUAUCGUUUCUCAACCCACCUUAAAUAAGACUUCUCAUCACAUACUCUAUAUAAACUCUACAAAUGCAUAGCGAGAACCAACAUGUUAACAAAACGAUAGAUGAACAUUUUAAUUUAAUAAUACAAUACAACAAAAAUCAUCAACAUUACAACUUAAUGAAAUAUUCUUACAGUGUUUUAUUUGGUGUUUUGGAAGCAUGUUAUAGUUGAUAUAUAUAAAAAGAGCAACUUUGGUUUCCUUAUUUUUUUCACAUUCGAAUAAGUAAUAAUGAAUACAUGGACAAAAUUGUGAGUAUGUUAACAGAUGCUUGUCUGAAAACCUCUACUAUUUGUUCAGGUGUUAUAAACUACAAUUGUUGAUUUUAAUUCAAAAUUGGUACAAUGUUCUUAAUCUGUCUUUAUAAGAUAUGUAAAGUCUUCAUUUUAAAUGAUCUUUUUAAGAUUAGACUGUAUUUUAUCUGAUCUUUCAAUCAAAUCGAAUGUUCUAUUUAAUAUACUAAGUUUAAUAUAGUAUUAUUUUAUAGGCCAUUUUUAUGAUAAUUAUAUUUAAGUACUUAUGUAUUUUUUGUAUUUUCCAUUUUCUUAUUAAAUUUGGUGUGAAAUUUAAGUUCAGUAUGAAGGAUUGUAAAGUGAAAAUCGUAAAAAAUAUCCUGCUGUUAUUGUAUCUAUCUAGUCAUUAAUUUGUAUUUUUGUAAAGUAUUUAUUGUAAAUAUACACCUUU